AUGUUCGUCGAGGAAGUGAUUAUGCCAGCAAUCGGCGUUAUCCGUGAUCGUCAUAGCCUCCAGCAAACCAGCAAGAUCAGCUUCUGCGUGAACGCCAGGACUGUACAGCAGAAUGCCAAAGAUGACGAUCAUACGUCUGAGGAGCAAACCAACGCCAAACCCAAGGUUGCACCGAUGGUUCCACGAGCGCAAACAGUAUACGGCGAACAGAGCGGUUGA